AUGUUUCGGUCAAGUUGGCACUUUUUAUUCCUGCUAAUCGGCGAGGCCCUUUGCCUCGGCAUAAAGCCGUAUGAGUUGAAGAUUUUAUCCUACUCGGUAUGGCCCGAAAACUCGGUUUGGGAUAUAUCCAAAGCUCGGUUGACCGGACGCGAUCGGCUGUUGAACGGAACAGUUACCUUAAGGGAGGACAUGGACAACGGCCACUAUAUCUUCUCGUUCGAGUCCUUCUCCGACCCAGUCGGCGACGGCAACUUUAAGCUGCUUCCCUUUCAGAUUCCGCGAACCCCCAUGUGUGAUGCUUACAAAAAGUACCGUCCUUUGUUUGCGAAGCAUGCCGAAUAUGGAAAACAGACCGAUUUCCCCGUGCACCAGGACAUCUGCCCCAUUCCCAAGGGCACCUAUUACUUAAAGAACAUCGAACUAUCUGCCGAAAACUGGCCAGCGAUCCUUCCGAGGGGUUUUCUCCGGGGCAAUGGCUCCUUCUAUCGGAACAAUGAACACUUGGGAACCUACUCUGUGACCGUUUUAGUUAAAGAUAUUAACUCUCAAUAG